CUGACGGUGCCCCUCCCAAGAUGGCGGACAACCUGCCCUCCGAGUUUGAUGUGGUGGUGAUAGGGACCGGUUUGCCCGAAUCUAUAAUUGCAGCAGCAUGUGCCAGAAGUGGCCAGAGAGUUCUCCAUGUUGAUUCGAGAAAUUACUAUGGUGGAAACUGGGCUAGCUUUAGUUUUUCAGGAUUAUUGUCCUGGAUUAAAGAAAAUCAGCAAAAGACAGAUAUCAGUGAUGAAUGUGAAGACUGGAGUAAGCUGAUCCUUGAAAAUGAAGAAGUUAUUUCUCUCAGCAAGAAAGAUAAAACUAUUCAACACAUAGAAGAUUUCUGCUUUGAUGAUCAGGACUCAGCUGAAGAUGUUGAAGAAGCUGGUGCAUUGACAAAGCUGCCUGUUUUUGGAGCCUCUGGUGCUGAGGGGGCUGCUCAGGAAUCAGAAAAAGAGUGCCCACCGCUCGAGAACACUUUACUGGAGACGAAGAGCCAGGAUCCAGAAAAGGCUUCAGACGCUGAAUCAACAAGUGCAAUGGAAGGGAAUAGUACAGAAAUAACCUCUGAGAAUGAAAGUUCUUGUAGUACAGCUUUAGGCGAGUCCCCUCUGGAAUUGGGAAAAACUGCAGGUGCACCCUCAGAAAAUUCUGCCCAAGAACCAAAGAAAAUUACAUAUUCCCAAAUUGUUAGAGAAGGCAGAAGGUUUAAUAUCGAUUUAGUUUCCAAGUUGCUUUACUCCCGAGGUCUGUUGAUUGACCUGCUGAUUAAGUCAAAUGUUAGCAGAUAUGCAGAGUUUAAAAACGCAACACGAAUUCUUGCCUUUCGGGAAGGAAAAGUAGAACAGGUACCUUGUUCUAGAGCAGAUGUCUUCAACAGCAGACAGCUCACAAUGGUGGAAAAGAGAAUGCUAAUGAAAUUUUUGACAUUUUGUUUGGACUAUGAACAACACCCUGAUGAAUACCAAGACUACGAGAACGGGACAUUUGCUCAAUUCUUAAGAACACGGAAGUUAACACCCAGCUUGCAGCACUUCAUUCUUCAUUCGAUUGCAAUGGUUUCAGAGACUGAUUGCAGCACUCUUGAAGGUCUUCAGACAACAAAAAAAUUUCUUCAGUGCCUUGGCCGCUACGGCAAUACACCAUUUUUAUUUCCUCUGUAUGGCCAAGGAGAGAUCCCCCAGUGCUUCUGCAGGUUGUGUGCUGUGUUUGGUGGUAUCUAUUGUCUUCGUCAUUCUGUGCAGUGCCUUGUAGUGGACAAAGAAUCUGGACGAUGCAAAGCUAUUGUGGAUCAUUUUGGACAAAGAAUAAGUGCUAACUAUUUUAUUGUGGAAGAUAGUUACCUUCCAGAGAGCAUAUGCACAAACGUGUGCUACAGGCAGAUCUCCAGAGCAGUGCUCAUUACAGAUCAAUCUGUACUAAACACAGAUUCAGAGCAGCAGGUUUCCAUUUUGACAGUGCCUCCAGUAGAUCCAGGAAAACCAGCAGUUUGUGUCAUUGAGUUGUGUUCCUCAACUAUGACGUGCAUGAAGGACAGUUAUUUAGUCCAUUUAACCUGUCCAUCAAUUAAAACUGCUAGGGAAGAUUUAGAGCCUGUUGUACAGAAGUUAUUCAAUCUAAAUACAGAACAAGAGACUGAAAAUGAAGAACUGGGAAAACCUAGAGUCCUCUGGGCAGUCUACUUCAACAUGAGGGAUUCUUCAGGAGUUGAGAAAAAUUCAUAUGAUGGCUUACCUUCAAAUGUUUAUAUUUGUUCUGGACCAGACUCUGCAUUAGGAAAUGACUGUGCCGUCAAACAGGCUGAGACUAUUUUCCAAGAAAUGUUUCCUACAGAGGAAUUUUGCCCACCACCACCGAAUCCAGAAGAUGUUAUUUAUGAUGAAGAUGAAAUUGCACCAGAAGGAUCUGAAUUCAGUAACUCACCAGAGACAAAACCUGAAUCCUCAACUGAGGAAAGCAGUAGUGGAGAUAGUACUGCUGUUAAGAAGGAAGAUAAUGAAGAGUGAAUUAGCAAUGUUCUUAGUAGAAGAGGAGAUUUACCCAAACUAAAAUGUAAGGGAGGAAGGGUAAGAAAAAGAGGUUUAAAAAACCCACAACCCUGUUAUUUGCAGUUGCCUUACUUUCCUUAGCAUCUUCGUUAAAUAGUUUAAUUGAGAGAUGAGGCUUUUCUAAAUAGUCAUAAGUCUACAAGAUCCAAGGGUGUUUGUAGCUGAACAAAAAACACAGAGCAAAACAUUUGAAUUUAAAGUGAUAAAACGGGAUUCGUGAUUUGUUGAGAGAAUUUGGUAUGUUUUACAUCUUGGAAGGAGUCUUCCAUCUUUUAAACAGGCAACAAAUGGAAAUUAAUCAAAAGAAAAUGUGCAAGUUUUCUUACCAGUCAGAAAAUGAUCUUCUGAUACAAUGUGUCAGAGUUCUGCUAAAAAUCAUUGGAUCUAUGCUAAUUAAACGGUUGAAGGUGAGCCUCACAAUCUGUCCUUCAAAGUGGUUUCAUGAAUGGAACUCAAAGGCAGGAAUAUUGGCAGUUCUGGAGUGGCUUUAGGAUAGGAAAUAGAUGUCAUGUUUAAUUUGCAUAAUGAAAAAUUUCUUCUAUCAUUUUUAAAUUGGUGCCAUAAUUUAGAAACAAACAUAAUCCGGUAAGUCUUCCUCACAUGAAACUUCUAUGUUCUGUUUCUUUCCUAAUAAGAUCUAAUGCAUUUUCACUAGUGGCUUAAUUUACUGUAGUCAGAAGAACAACACAGUUUUAAUGCUACAUUCCUUAACAAAUUUUAAAAUGAUAACUGUUAGCUUCCCUGGAUUUAUUGCAAUUUUGGGGCCUUUAGUAAGCCAAUAGUGAAUUUUUUGAAGUAUGACGUCUGAGACAUUUAGGUGGUUAUUAUUGAGGCUUUUUGUGGUACAGAGAAGGUUCAGCUGGUAAUUCCAAAGGUUUCUAUUGAUCUCUCUUACUAGGAUUAAAAUUAGUGUGAUAGCUGUAAAUUAUACAUUUUUUAAUGAUCAAUCAUAAAGCAUUUAUACAAUAAAAUUUAUUGAAUUAUUUAUAAGCCUAGUUUGUAUGAAAAAUGACAAAAUGAGAAAGCUGUUGUAAAUGACCAUGAUAAACUUGCACUUCUGAACAAUACUUGAAAUUAGAUAUUCAAAUAAUGAAAAAUAUUUAGCAUUUACCUUAAAAUAUACACCCAAGAGAUCAGAAGUAUGUCUCAAUAUUUAGAUUGGUGAAUUUUGAUGAGGGUUGAAGUUCUACGUCAAGUUACAUAGAGUUCUAGCAGUGCUUAAAUACUGUAGGAAGAUAAAAAAUGCUGUUGAAUAAUGAAUAUUCAGCAGUGCCUGAGCUUGACACAUCCAGGCUUUUGUACAGUUUUGCGGUGCAUGUGCCUGCCUUGAAAAUGGCUUUGUGCCAUAGAGUUUAAUUUAUUUAUUUUUUUACAGCAGAACUGUUACUGGUGACUUCACUUUGUCUUGCAUCAUAAGAAAUUGUCCAAUUUGCAUUUCAAAAUCUGAUUUGUUAGUGUUUACGUUCUUUGCUUAUUGGAUAGGUACCAUCAUGUGUAUAAUCCCGAAGUCCUCAAGAAUAUUGGGUUGAAAUGUUUCUAAUGUUAAACAACAGUUACCUUUGGAUGCUUGUGAUUGAGCAGUUAUUUAUAUACAGUAAGAAGCAGAUUGCCUCUUCAUUUAGCUGUAAUUUUUUAUGUGUAUUGUAAAGCAUGAGUAUAUGGUAAUUGUAUUUAAAAUCUACAGAUCUGUGAAAGAACCAAGUGGAGGACUCAUCCCUGUAUGUCUUUCAAUAAUAGGGAUCAUAGUUGAAUUUUUCAUCUUCUAUGUUUACAAGGAAAUUGUCUGAUGAAAAUUAAAAGCUUGCUUGCAA